GAAUGAAAUGGUAUAUUUGGAUAGUUGAUCAUCCUGGUAAUCAAGUGUAUAGAGCAAGACCUUUAUGUGAAUUUAAUAUUCCUUAUAAAAAGAAAGAUAUCGAAGAUAUUUACCAAUAUUUAAGAGCAAGAAACAAUCCAUAUAUAAUACAAGAUACAGAAUUUGUCAAAAUAUUGUUAGAUGGAUGCACAAUUACAAAUCUUACUCCUUCAAAUAGCCUGAGAGAUCCUUCAUCCAAUUCAAGUAGCACGUCAUCAGAAGAACAUAUAGAAGAAAUUUUAUCUUCAUUCAUCGAGAAAAAUGUUGAAAAGCUGUCAGGUUCAGAGAAUAAUUGGGAUAUGCCUGAAAACUCUGACUACGAACUAGAGUAA